GUUGCUUUGCGCAAUCGUCAAUCUGGAAAAUCUAAAUUUCCAUUUAAAAUGUAUGCAACACAGAGUAACUACUCGGGACUAUAACAGCUACACCGUCUGCCUAAACACAAGAUUACCAAUGAAAUUACAAAAUUGUUACAAUGUGCUCAGGAACUCAUUUCGAAGUAUCCUUGGUUACGAUGCUGCAGCCUUGGCGCUAGGCUUCGAGCCUGUCCAUCGUGAUUGGAUUAUUCCUGCUCCUGCACGUCGCCCAUUGGUCACUUCUAUAAAUACACUUACCUCAUUGCAUACGUAGCCCCCCCUUUUACUAGAAUCUCAAUACCAGUUUGAAAAAAUAUAGGAUAACAACACACAUGGGUUUGCUACUCCAUAUAUCUUGCGAAAGAAAGGAAUUGUGAACAUAACUCUUUUUUAUCACAGCGGAUUAUUUAUUCUCGUUGAUGAAAUAAAGCGAAAGUGGCGGCCAUGACGACAGACGAGGCCGAGAGCCAGCAGAAGAAGGCGAGCCAGCAGCAGCAGCAGCAGCAGCAGCAGCAGCAGCAGAGGCCCCCGCAGCAGCAGCAGCCCCAGGACCACCCCCCCGCUGCGCAGGACCCCCCCGCCGCCGUGACCUCCGCCACCCAGAACGGCCCCGUGCCCGCCUCGGGCCCCACCCCGGGCUCUCCCCCGGCGGCGCCAGCGCCAGCGGCCCAGGAGGAGGCGGUGCAGCUGCGCCCGCGGCAGCGCACGUCGGCGGGCCGCGGCCUCUCGCGCCUCUUCUCCUCCUUCCUGAAGCGCCGGUCCCAGUGCUCGGACGGCGAGUGGGCCGAGGCCGAACGCGCCCGCGCCCGGGACGCCCGCCAGGACGAGCCCAAGGCGCCCAUCGCCGACCCCGAGCCCGAGCUGCGUGCCGAGGGAGAGGGUGACGCCGCCCUGGACCUGCACUCCCUCAGCAGCGCCGAGAACCAGCCCGCUCCUGUGGACCAGAAAGAGGACGCUGACUCUGACGACGAGGGAGGGAAAGGAGAGAAGGCCAAAGCCAAGGCGGAGGACGGAGAGGAGGAGAAAGAAAAGAAGGAGGAGGAGGAGGAGGCCAAGUCUGACGCGGAGGAGGCAGAGGGAGAGGGCAAAGGAGAGAAGGAGAAGAGCGCCGAGGACGAGGCCAAGCCAGCCAAAGCCCCACGGCGACCCAGGAUCAUGCAGUGCAAAGUCACACUGCUGGACGACACUCUGUUCGAGUGUGAACUGGAUAAACAUGCCAAAGGCCAGGACCUGUUCACAAAAGUGUGUGACCACCUCAACCUGCUGGAGAGAGACUAUUAUGGUCUGGCUAUCUGGGAAACACCCACCAUGAAGACCUGGAUGGAUGUCACCAAGGAGAUUCGGAGGCAGGUAGCAGGGACCAACUAUGACUUCACCUUCAACGUGAAGUUCUACCCCCCAGAUCCUGCCCAGCUAUCUGAAGACAUCACAAGGUACUACCUGUGCCUGCAGCUGCGUAAGGACAUCCAGGCGGGCCGGCUGCCGUGCUCGUUCGUGACGCUGGCGCUGCUGGGCUCGUACGCGCUGCAGUCGGAGCUGGGCGAGUACGACCCCGAGGUCCACGCCCCCGACUACGCCAAGGACCUGAAGCUGGCGCAGGGCCAGAGCAAGGAGCUGGAGGAGAAGAUUAUGGAGCUGCACCGCACAUACAGGUCCAUGAGUCCGGCCCAGGCUGACAUGAGUUUCCUAGAGAAUGCCAAGAAACUGGCCAUGUACGGAGUGGACCUGCACCAGGCUAAGGAUCUGGAUGGGGUGGACAUCAUGUUAGGUGUGUGUUCCAGUGGUCUGAUGGUGUACAAGGAUAAGCUGCGGAUCAACCGCUUCCCCUGGCCCAAAGUGCUCAAGGUCUCCUACAAACGCAGCAGCUUCUUCAUCAAGAUACGCCCGUCAGAGCUGGAACAUUACGAGAGCGCUAUUGGCUUCAAGCUGCCCAACUACAAAGCCGCCAAGAAGCUGUGGAAGGUGUGUGUGGAGCAUCACACCUUCUUCAGGCUGACCUCCACAGAAGCAGCCACCACUCCCAGGAAGUUCCUGGCUCUGGGUUCUAAGUUCCGCUACAGCGGCCGCACCCAAGCCCAGACUCGCCAGGCCAGCUCCAUGAUCGACCGGCCCGCCCCCAUGUUCCAGCGCUCGGCCAGCAAGAGGAACUCGCGCAGCCUUGAUGGAGCGAUGGUGGCCACACCCGAAAAAGGUGCCCGUCCCGUCAGCGCGCCCAUCAUGUCCCCCGUCUCCCCGGGAGAUGCCGCCCCAUCGCCCGUCUCCGCCAUCGUCUCCGCCGCCACCAAGGAGCGCAAGGAGGUCGGCACGCCAACGGGCCGCCCCUCGCGCUCGGCCGAGAGGAAGGCGGAGGUGAAGGGGGAGGGACGCUCCGCAGACUCCCCCAAAGCACAGCAGGGCGCCAAAGCUGAACACACUCCUGAUAUCAAGCUUGACCCAAACGGCUUGGCAUGCACUAUUUACCUCUCUAAUUCGAAUGCAAGUAUUCACUUCACUUUAUUUGAUCUGAACAUCUUUGUUUUGAUCUGCUUCCAUUUGGGUACACAUAUGAUUGGGAAUGGAGGACUGUGGGCCUGUUGCAGUGACCUGUUGCAGUGGUCCUUCAGGAUGUUUUUGUUCUUAAAAAACGAUAAAUGGUUGAAAGAGAGGAUUGAUGCUUACUCGAGCCUCAAAUCUAAGGUUUUCGAUGAAGAAAUUUCACAUUCAGUUUUUAAAACACAUACUCUCUGAAGAGCAAGACGUGCGUGAUAUUUGAUGGGAACACCCAGAUCUGUGCGCUGUAGGUAAGUGUACAAACCCAGACUAAGUUCCUUAGUCUACAGCGAAACACACACGGUCAGCCUUCCCAGUCAUAUAUAUACUCAGCAACAACACCCAUCAACAGGCAAGUGAUGCCACUGUUUCCAUCAUCAUUGUGAGAUCAUUCUUUGGCCACACCCCCUUUCCUAUCACCAUGGACACCUGUCACCGAGACAAAGAGGAAGGACACACCCACCUUAUCGCUAGCCCUGCCCACCCAUGUUCAUGCUGUCUUAACUCUGUGACUCUUUUGCGCUCAUGUCCUGUUGGGCCAUCCAAGUGAAAGUGUGUGUGUGUGUGUGUGUGUGGUUUGACAUUCAUCAUUUAACAUUCUGGAACCCCCCUUCCAUGCGUAUGACCGUUCACCGGUCACUGGUCUCGAUCAUCCCCCUGCUGAAGGUGCAUUGGAUCUGAGUGAAGGUGCCUAACUUGGGCACAGUGUCAUGGGUGGGGGAGGGGCAGACCAGUAGGGACUCCCACCUCACCCGCCUCUCGCCCAAUCAGCGAUCUGUGAAAUGGUCAUGUGACAUCCUGGCCGUCUCAUUCGGGCCGAGUCAUUUAGAAGCCCAGUUAUGUGUCAAAACUCUGAGUUUGGUGAACCAUGUCCAUGAACCAUCAUGAAUCAAUGCGUUUGUUGACAUCCUGUGGUCCAAUGAGUUAUUCAUUCCCAGCAUUGGCUCUGGUUUCAGAAUCUGGUUUCAGAAUCUGGUUUCAGAAUCUGGUGAGGGUAGACUGCAGAUCAGUUGCAGAUCAGUAGCAGGAGCAACCUAGCCUUUCUAAUAGACCACAGUAAGACCACAGAGGACAUAUUGGGCACAACUUUGACUUCAAGGUUCAGACACGGAGUGUGUGGACAGGAAGUAUCGAUUGACACGACACAAGACUGUUUCACAGAUGGCAGCGGGACUAGGCAGAUGUUCAGUGUGCCAGCCAGACAAGAGUGUUUUUCUCCAGACUUUACUUUGAGUGCUCCUCCCAGCUCUCCUUCUCUCUCAUGUUCUCUCUCUCUCUCUCUUCCUCUUUCAUAUUCUCUCUCUCUCUCUUCCUCUCAUGUUUUCUUCCUCCCAGCUUUACUCUCACUGGCUGUGAGGGUUGAUUUCACUCCAACUUUGAGAUGAAGAUUUCUCUAAUGAAUAAUCAACAGCCUGGAGAGUUGAGCAUCUUUCUCUUCCUCCCUCUCUCUCUCUCUCCCUCUCUUACUCUCUCCCUCUCUUACUCCCUUUCUUUCUCUCUCCCUCACACACCGCCCCGCCCCCCCUUCUUCUCUUUUCUCGUUCCCUCUCUCUCCCCCUCCCUAUAAUCACUAUCUACUGGUAAGCCAUUUGUAGGGUCCAAUUAGUGAACA